ACUUUCUUCUCUUUUCGCAACCCCCAGCUUUAACCCAAAUCUCACCCACUUUUUGCUGCAAUCAACGCUCAACUGCGUUGCUUACUCCACACCCACAAACACACCCCACUAACACUUUAGCAACAUGACUGGACGCGGCAAAGGUGGCAAGGGUCUCGGCAAAGGCGGUGCCAAGCGUCAUCGCAAGAUCCUCCGUGACAACAUCCAGGGUAUCACCAAGCCCGCCAUUCGACGUCUCGCUCGUCGUGGUGGUGUCAAGCGUAUUUCAGCUAUGAUCUACGAAGAGACCCGUGGUGUCCUCAAGACCUUCCUCGAGAGCGUUAUCCGUGACGCUGUUACGUACACUGAGCACGCUAAGCGCAAGACCGUCACCUCCCUCGAUGUCGUCUACGCCCUCAAGCGCCAGGGCCGUACCCUCUACGGUUUCGGUGGUUAAAUAUCUCGUCUUCUCAUCACCACGCAUGGACGCCCGGCACCGACGGCUUCUUCGGGAUUCUUGGUCAAGGGUGGCCAGCAUGGUCGCACAUUGUUUAUGGAUAUGAUUUGGUCACGGCUAUCGGUCUUCACGGCGUUAUGUUUGGGUGGUGUGGAAAUGAUCAAUAUGAAGCUUGAAUCUUCACUUGGCUAGUCAAAGUCAAUACAUACACGUUCUGUGCUAUCAUCACGCUGAUGUUCACCAUAC